AUGCCUCAGUUUAUAAACCGUGACCAAAUAUUUGCACAUCAGGUGCAUCUGCUGGAGCACAAUUUGAGGGUAAAAAGACAAUUUAUUCACAUGCAGGUGCAGAAUAUGAUUCUGUUUUAUCCCGUUCAGUGUUUAGGAAAGUUGUGUUGGGACCAAGAAGAGGACACAAAGGCUGUGAACCAUCAUCAGCCCAAAAGGACAAUAACUCAAAUAGAAACAGAUGCACUGGAUCUUAAACGUCCCUUCACUUGUCCAGAUUUGCAGACUUGUGUUGCAGCUCUGGAGUGCUCUCUAGAGGAGGAAAGGGAAAAGUGCAGAUCAGAGAGGCAGAAGGGAAAAGAACUUCUCUACACUCUGGAGCUGAAAGGAAACAUCAGGGUUAACUGCAGGGUGCGUCCAGUUCUACCCGUUGACCAUAUCCAGCCCUUCACCAGUGGACCAGGGCCUGCAUCAUCAGAAGAAGUAGUAUAUGCAACCAGCUAGGACAUGGUCAUGGUGAAUUGCCUGAAAAGAGGGAUUCCUGUGCAACACAAGAUGUUUGAGUUUUACAGGGUGCAUGGACCAGAAGACUCCCAGGAUGCUGUGUCUGAAGAUGUGAAGUCGCUCCUUAGAUCUCUGCUGGAUGGCUAUAAUAUGUGUAUAAUGGCAUAUGGGCACGGAAAAACUCACACCAUGAUGGGAUCCCAGUCACUAGGGAAGCAGUCAGGGAUGCAGCAGGAAGUUCAGCAGGGUAUUAUCCCCAAGACUGCUGCUGAGCUCUUUCAGCUUAUCUCAGAAAGGCCAGCAGAAAGUCACACUGUGGAGGUGUCGGUGAUGGAGGUGUACAGCAACAAGGUUCUGCUCGCCAGAGAUGAGCAUGGAAACGCUGCAGGCCAGCGCCGGGAUGUUAUCACCACCUCCUCUGGUGCCAGCCAGGUCACCUCCCUCACAUAUGAGCCUGUGAAUAAUGCCUCUGAGGUGAUACGAAUUAUUAACCAUGUUCUGAAGCUCAGGACUCACUGUCCCACCCUAAUCCACACAGACUCGUCUCGCUCCCACUUCAUAGUCACCCUCACCAUUUCUUCCACGAGCCCCAACACUUUGGCCCUGGGUAAGAUUCAUAAAAGUAGUGCCAAAAAAGACAUGCAGCACUCCACCCAUAAGGAAGAACGUGCCGACCCCACCAUCCGCAACUCACCUGACAAGGUUUUUGCCAGCCCUGCCUCCUCUCCAUAUACCUCCCCUUCUUUUCCCCCUUGCAUCUCACCCAGACACAGCGUCUCCCAGACUCUGUUCAGCACUAAGCUGCAGCUGGUGGACCUGGCAGGGAACAAGUGUGUUGGUGUAACAGAAGUUUCAGGUGCUGCUCUGUGAGAGGUGCCAUAUAUAAACCACAGUUUAUCGACUUAUUCUGAUGUCCUGGGAGCUCUAGCUGAACAGAGACCACAUGUCUCCUACAGGAACAGCAGACUUAUCCAUCUGCUACAAGAUGCAAUCGGUGGCGAUGCCAAGCUGCUGGUGGUGUAAUACGUCUCUCCAAUGCAGCGUUUCAUCAGAGUCCCUGCAGUCUUUUGCUUUUUGGCCUCCUGGUCCACCAAGUCCAAGUAA